ACCUUGAAUACUCAAAUCCACCUUCUUGAGAAUCGCUAAUAGAAUACAUUCGACAGUCGCAUAUCUCGAAUGUCCCUCUCGAACUUUUGAGAAUAGAGACCAACAUGUUUCAUUCGAGUUGUGUACAUGUUACAUAAAACCAGUAAAACAUUUCCCAGUGAGAAGUACACUCGCCUAAAUGCAUUACUGACUCGUGGGUUGGACCAGCAGCUACUCAUUUAGGGCACUAGAAAUUCCUGGACAAAUGUCUGAUGCAACAUCAAAUCAAACUGAAUGCAUGGCUGAAACAGAAACGCGCCCUAGCCUGCAGUGCAAACGUGGCAGUGCGAGAGGAAAACACAGUUUACAGCUGGCUUUGAUUUGAGCUGCUCUGAGUCAUUUACAGUUACGUGUGGUGUUUACUGUUGGAGGACUGCUUAGUUAAAGGGUUGUACAAGAAAUGACGUUGUAAUUCAACAGAGUUUGUUUCACAAUAAUAUAUGUAGUUCCCCAGCCGCAUAAGCUCUGUGUUGCAUUCUUACUCGUAUCCAGAAAUGUAAUAUUUAAAUUAUGUAUAUACAAUGUAAAACCCCUCUGCAUUAUUCAUUGGUUCCGUGCUCUUCGCAAAAACUGCUAAAGUUGCAAAUAAGAGACUCAAACAUUUUGAAAAGACAUCAGACUGGUAGGAGGCACCAGAGCAACCCAUUGCAUAUCUGUCUGAAAGGACUUCUGAUCUCAUCCAUACUACUGAUUCCUCAGAUGUUCUGCAUUAUGCAAUCCCUUACAAAAUCUGAUGCAACUUCAUGUAUUUAAUGUGUGUUUAAAGAAAAAAGUAAGCGCCACGCCAUCUGUCAGCUCUGAGGAACCCCUCUCCCUCCACACACACACACACACAAAUUGGGAGGUGCUUCUCGUCGCAGUGGCUCACAUUUCACAGGCAGCAUCCUGCCAAUGGAUGUGUUAGUCUGGACACAGGACUCCGAAUUCCUUCUGGAAGCUUCCCUGAGCCUGCUAUAAACUGAGUCGCAGCGCACAUCCCCAUUUUGGGAAGAAGAAGAAGAAGAAGAAGAAGAAGAAGAAGAAGAAGAAGAAGAGGAGGAAGAAGAGGAAGAGGUAGUAAAGAAUGGACUUGACAAAGAUAUACACCGCUUUGAAAACAUUUCAAGGCAUAAAGUGGAUUAAAUGGAAAUAAAAAACGUAGACCUGUUUAAAAUUCCAGAAAAGACAAAGCCGUAUUGUUACAGUGUGUCUAACAAUGCAUCCUCAACUUCCCGUCAAGUUUAUAACUUGCAUGUCAGCUGAACAGUUUUGUAAAGAUUGCAAAGGGGGUUGGGGAUAUGCAAGAAAGAAUGUCCCGAAUCUGGAUCUGGUUAAACCAGCACUCACCCUGGCUAAUGUCCAGUUUGCAUGAAUUAGAUACAAGUUUGCUCUGGUUUACAAAAAAAAAUUGUGCAUUAAGCACUACAGUAAAACCACUGCAGCACAUAUUUCAUUUUAAUAUAUCAGAUAAACUUACAUAGUGAAUCACUUUGAAAACAAACACUACCUUCAUCAGUACAGUCUAAUGUACAUAAACAUAAGGACUCUUGUAAAGAUGCAAGGCUGAAAAUAUUUCAAGAAACUUGGCUAGACGUGAGUUUCCAUUCCAAGGCACAAUGGCUUUGAAGCUAGCAAUUGUGUGCAUUCUCUUCAGCCUCGCCAGGGCAGAUCCUGUAGCCCUGAAGGAUCAUGCUUCAGUUCUGGCUGACAGCACCCUGAGUCUGGGGCUGAACCUGUACCAGACCAUGGUGAAAGACCAGAACCUGAGGUCAGAGAACAUCCUAUUCUCUCCAGUGGUGCUGGCCUCCUCGCUGGGGGUGAUGACGAUGGGCGCCAAGGAGAACACCGCCAGCCAGGUCAAGUCGGUCCUGAACGUCGACCUCCAGGAGGACAAGCUGCACCCGGCCUUCUCUGCGCUGCUCAGCGACGUCAGCGAUGAGAAGGCCCGCAACACCACCUGGAAGAUGGGCAGCCGCUUGUACGGCCCCACUUCGGUGAACCUCCGGCCGCAGUUUGUGGAGAGCAGCAGGAAGUUCUACAAUCAUGAGCACGCCAAGGUCAACUUCAGGGACAAGAGGAGAGCCCUGCAGUCCAUCAAUGAGUGGGCCUCCCAGAGCACCAUGGGCAGGGUGGCUGAGGUCACCAGAGAGCUUCCUGGGGCCGACGGAGCCCUGUUCAUCAAUGCCAUGUACUUCAAACCCCACUGGGAGGAAUCCUUCCAUGACAAAAUGGUAGAUAAGCGAGGGUUCAUGACCUCCCGUACCCACACAGUGUCCGUGCUAAUGAUGCACCGCACAGGUUACUAUAAGUUUUAUGAAGACAAUGACAACAGGCUAUAUAUUCUGGAGAUGCAGCUGGCCCACAAGCAUUCUAGCAUGGUGUUCAUCAUGCCUUUCUACGUGGAGCCCUUGGAGAGGGUAGAGAAGAUGCUGACCAAGGAGCAGCUCAACCGCUGGUUCAGCAAGCUGGAGAAUAGGGCUGUGGCGCUGUCACUGCCUAAAAUCAACCUGGACGUCAGCCACGAGCUUCAGAAACACCUGCAGGAGCUGGGCCUGGCCGAGGCAGUUGACAAGACGAAGGCAGACUUCUCCGGGAUGACUGGCAAGAAGGACCUGCACGUCUCCAAUGUCCUCCACGCGGCCGUCCUCGAGUGGGACACCGAGGGCAAACCCUUCACCCAGGACAUUUACGGACAACCGGAGUUUAAGUCACCCAAACUCUUCUACGCUGACCAUCCGUUCAUCUUCUUAGUGCGAGACAACAAGACCAACUCCAUUCUCCUCAUCGGCAGGCUGGUCAAGCCAAAGGGGGAAAACCAUGACGAGUUGUAGAAAUCCUUUUUCCUUUAAAAAAAAAAAGGGGAGGGGCCUGCAGUGUUCCAGAUUGUACAUUCCAAGUUUUGCGGUAGUUUUUAAAAAUAACAAGUUCAAUUGUUACACACUUCCAGUAUAUUGUAGAAGAUGAUAAUGGGAUAAUGUGAUAGAGAAACGUGUUUCUAUACAAUAUGAAUCAAAAAGAAAAAUAUCCAGAGAUGUUUCCAUCUGCUGACUGGAAACCAUGACAAUGCCAUUCUUCUUAUCCUUACCAGCAUGGAUAUUGAAGUAGGGUAUUACCAUAUACCUUUAUAUAGUUUAGUUGAAUGUUUGCCAAGACCUAAUGCAGUGCAUUCCAUUAAACAGUGUUGGUAAUUAAAAGCAGUAUGUGCAGACCUGGUUUUGAACUCCUAGUUGCUGUAGGUUUCAAUGUCCAAUUUCUCUGUGUGAUGUGAGUUCUUGUUACAAGUCUUUGAUACCAGUAAUUUGCCCAGCCUGUUACACCACACAGUGAGGGUAUUUCCAUUGUCUUUAUCAAUUUCUCUUUUUAAUACUAAAUAUUGCAAGUUCCAAUAUUUUUUUCUAGGGAUCUUGGAAAUCUCAGGAGAAAAUUUGUUUUUAACUUUGUUGAACCACUGAUGUUUGCAUAAUUUAAGAUUAUUUUUUAUAUAUAUACAUGUUUAAUAAAAAGAUAUGCAA